UUUGCCAUGUACUGUCUGGUUCUGCUCUACCGGGCCCUGAGGGACGAGCUGAAGCCCAUCAGACCCGUGGGGAAGUUCCUGUGCGUCAAGCUGGUGGUCUUCGUCUCGUUCUGGCAGGCGGUUCUGAUCGCUCUGCUGGUGAAAGUGGGAGUGAUUUCUGACAGACACACCUGGGACUGGGACAGUGUGGAGGCUGUGGCCACCGGACUGCAGGACUUCAUCAUCUGCAUAGAAAUGUUCCUGGCUGCCAUCGCCCACCACUACACCUUCACCUACAAACCCUACGUCCAGGAAGCCGAGGAGGGCUCGUGUUUCGACAGUUUUUUGGCGAUGUGGGACUUCUCAGAUAUCCGAGCCGACGUCACGGACCAGGUUCGCAACGUCG